CGGCCCCAUGGUUCAAGCAAGAAAUUUUGCAGUAAUGACAGGAGUGAAUGCGGGUAUCAGCUGUGCGAUGCGGCAUGCCAGAAAAGGAAAGGAGGAUGUAAAGAACAGAUAGGCCAACAGUUCACCCAACCUCCUGCCGAUGACAAGUUGUACUUAAAUACGAAGAUGAUGCUGGCCCAUCUCGGCCUACAGAAGUACGAAAAGAACUUCAGAAAGGGCUUGCUGACAGAUGCAACCUUGCCUCUUCUAAAUGACAGUGCACUUAGAGAUGUGAGGAUCCCUCCAGGACCAAGGCUCCUAAUCCUCGAUCAAGUCAGAGACAAGAAAGCACUGAAAGAUGGGGAUAUGGCGAGGAGAGGGGGAUACGGAGAGGAGGAGGAGGAUGUGGACGAGGAGGACGACAAGGAUAGCGAGGACGACGAGGAGUCGUCGAGAUGGGGGGAGGAGAAGAGAUGGACGGAGGGAAAAGAGGAAGGGCAGGAGGAGGAGGAGACAUGGACGGGGAGGAAAGGGAGGACACGAGGAAAGGGAGGACACGAGGAAGGGAAGGAGACGAGGAGGCAUGGAAGAUGAGGAGGUAUGAGGAGGAGGAGACAAGGAGGAUGAGGAAGGGCAGGAGGAGAUGAAAAGAAGAAGGGAGGAGGAGACAUGGAGGASGAGGAAGGGGAGGAGGAGCAAGGUGAGACAGUACUCCUGUUUUUUUUUUUUUCAUCUCACUUAUCAUUUUGGCGGGGGGCCUCAAAUGCACCAUUUCGACCCCGCUUUUUUUUUUUUUGCUGAGGGGGGUGACGGUUCCCCACACACGUCGUGCGCCGCACAAGAUCGGUUGGGCGUGUGCGCCGCAAGUAGGGAACCGCCCGCAUGACAUGCGCUUGCAAGU